UUUUUUUUGCUGCAUUUGAUGACACGAUAAACCAUACGUGAGGACUGAAAGGGUUGAAACCUGCAAAUGAGUGGAUUUUGUUCCCUUCCAAAGUGAUGAUUAUUCUUGCAGUUGUCGCGGGCAUUUAACAGCGCCGCACUUUUUGUGGACAAGCGGUCGAAAGGUUUGCGCUUGGCGACGUUUACGCACGCCGUCCAUCCCCAGAAAUCUUACUUUUCUUUUCUUUGAACUUCGCUGGCGCCCCGAUCCAUGCGGGCGUUCCCGCGGCUCGUGUUGCUGUGGGCCGUCGUCGAGUGGCUCCCGGAUGCGAGCGCCAUGGGCUGCCUCCAGAGCAUCGCGUGCAAGCCCAAGAGCUUCCGGGACGGCGUCGCGGUGCUGCAGGUGAGCGCGUCCAUCGACUCCAAGCCCACCGGCAUCGACGAGUCGUCCGCCGUCAUCCUGCGCUACCGCACGCCGCACUUCCGAGCCCAGGCCGUGGUGCGGGUGCCGCCGGUGGCCGCCAACGAGACGUGGACCGUCGGAUGGAUCCAGGCGUGUAACCACAUGGAGUUCUACAACACGUAUGGCAGCAAGGGGAUGUCCAGUUGGGAGAUCCCUGAUCUCCACAACAGCAGCAUCCAGGCCAUCAGCGACUCCGAUGGCGUCAACUACCCUUGGUACGGAAACACCACAGAGACGUAUACCAUCGUGGGCCCCACCCGGGGCGACAGCAAGUUCACCGUGAGCAUGAACGACAACUUCAAACCCAGCAUCACCUGGGGCGUGCCCGUCAGCGAUAGCAACGUGCCCGAGCUCACCGGCAUCCGCCGCGACCAGAGCUUCACCACCUGGCUGGUGGCCAUCAACCGGGCCACGGCCGAGAUCGCGGUCCUGCAGACCGUCCGUUGGAGGAUGCGCCUCGGCAUCCGCGUGGACCCGGAGAAGCCCCUGGGUCAGCGGGCCGUCCUCCUGGAGCCCGUGGCCCAGGAGGAGCCGCAGAUCCUGGGCGAGAACGAGAGCAUCCCGCCCAACGCCAUGGUCAAGCCCAACGCCAACGACGCCCAGAUGCUCAUGUGGCGUCCUCAGGAGGGAGACCCCGUGGUGGUCAUCCCACCCAGAUAUUGAAUAUUGACCGCACAGACCUUUUAUACGGGAACAGUAUCAUCUUUGGCCCCCUUUCACACCGCCUACAAGCCAGUGUUUUUAUGCCUUUUUCAUGUAUCCCUGUUGUGCACCCUCAGAGCUGUACCAGAGGCAGGAUGACCCUUUUGUGUAAAGCCCCCUUUACACUGCCUGUAAAAGUCUGCAUUCUUGCGCCUUUUUCCCCGUGUUGCUGUUCGGUAUAUAAUGCUACAGACAGAAUGGGUGAGACAAAGUCGACAUUGCAAUUUUCUGCCUUCUGAGCUAGUAUCAGAGCCAUGAGAGGUAGGACAUAAGUGUGUAUAAAGCCCCUUUUACAAUGUUCAUAAAAAGUGGCAUUUUCCACUUUUUUUCCCCCCUGCUGCCGUUCUGAAUAAACAGCACUGACGGGGAUCGGGUGGACAAAGCUGACCUGGCAAUUUUCCACCUUCGGGGGCAGUGUCGAGAGUCGUAACUGAGGCUGGACGGCACCUCUGAAAAGAGCUAAUGUCAGAGCCGCAAGAGAGGUCUGACAUACUUGUUCGAGCCCCUAUUGCACCCUCUGUAAAAGAUGACAUUUUCCGCUCCUUUUCCAUGUCACUGUUCUGCAUAAACAGCACUGACACAGAAUUGGAGGGACGCAGCAACUUUACGCUUUUGUAGGUAGUAUUUUCCGGCGUUCCCCCCCCCCCCCCCGUUCUGUAUAAUUGCCACUGACACGGAACGGGGUGGGUGGCAAAGUCAAAUCGGCAAUCUUCUGCCUUGGUUAGGUAGUAUCAGAGGCUAGUUGGCAAAGACGGGACAUGGGUGUGAGGUUGAACACCUGACACUCAUUGUCUCUCCUUUUGUUGCUGUCUAAUUAUUUUGAUAGCGCGACGCUGAGUUGCGACGUAAAAGCGCAGUCACGGGACUCCUUUUUCUGUGUUAAAGGCAGAGUGGUGUCUUCCGAUGCGGCCAUUUUGCUGAAUCUGUGCGAAAGAGGUUUUCAUUGUCCUUCCUGUCUUCCAUUGAACUACAGCAGCUGCUACGUAGAAAGACUUUUGGGGGGGACUACCCAUUUCAAAACUGGACUGAACAAACCACAACCUUUCUACCUUCCAGCAGGCUCACUGUGCAGAUUUCAAUUAGGCUAUUUGGUGUGGAUUUUGAGUAUUUACCAUGAUUAUGCAUUGAUUUUGUAAGCGUGUGUUUUUAUUUAUAGGCUGGGAGAAGGUGCAUUUUUGUAUUUGUUGUUAUACAAUCCAUGCUGCCUUACGUGUACGUCGCUCUCCGCUCCGUCCAAAUCCUUUCAGCCUUAAAACAAAGUGCAAUGCAGCAUUUUGCCCCAUUAUCCUAUGCCCUUCCUGUGUUGACGUCCUCGAAUCGGAAAGGUUAUUCCUUCCAAAAAUGAUAAUUGCAAUGUAUUCAGUGACAAAGAGCAGCUAUUAAUGUAGCAAUAAGACACACUUCCCUCCCUGGUUGGUUUUUUUACAUUGACAAAAUGUUCACAAUAGGAAUUGAUGCAAAAAGAAUUACAAGCAAAUGUUUUUCUUACCAAACCAUUUUUAAAUAAAUCACUGACCAUCUUUGCACACUGUGCAAAUUGUGAAUAUUAUGUUGCUUGGAAUGCAAAUGCACUAUCACAAAAAUGUAUGACUUUAUUCAUAUAUCACCACUUUUUAUCUAAAAUAUACCACUUUCCUGAAAAUAUACAAUUUCCCUCAAAA